AUGACGGAGUCGAUGGUGCGGAACAAGCCGGGGAUGGCGAGCGUCAAGGACAUGCCGGUGCUGCAGGACGGGCCGCCGCCCGGCGGGUUCGCGCCCGUGCGCUACGCGCGCCGCAUCCCCAACAAGGGCCCCAGCGCCAUCGCCCUCUUCCUCACCACCUUCGGCGCCUUCUCCUGGGGCAUGUACCAGGUCGGGCAGGGGAACAAGGUCCGCCGUGCACUGAAGGAGGAGAAAAUCGCUGCCCGUAGUGCUAUACUGCCGAUGCUCCAAGCUGAAGAGGAUGAAAGAUUUGUCAAAGAAUGGAAGAAGUAUCUUGAGGAGGAAGCGAGGAUCAUGAAAAAUGUUCCUGGAUGGAAAGUCGGUGAGAGCGUGUACAAUUCUGGGAAAUGGAUGCCUCCUGCAACCGGUGAGCUGCGUCCAGAGGUUUGGUAA